CCGCCCCCGCCGGGACAGUCCAGCUCGUCUGAAGAAUCAAAACAGUUGGUGACUCCGUUACAGCGCAGGGACCGGUCUAUACAGAACCCGUCAUUACAGGAGAACGCUGUAUCCGGGCACGCAGCGUCGAUGAAGCCAGACGGACGUUCCCGGGAUGAAGUGGCGGGGUCGGCGGCGAUCGAUGCCGCUGCGGCCGCAGCAGAUCGGCGGGACAGCCCGCUGAUUGAGGCGGGGCAAGCCUUGGAAGCACAGUUAGGAAAGUUGCUGGAAGCUGGCGGCUCUGUCCUGACGCAGUUGGCGGACGCCGUGAGGAGUCACCCCGACAAGCCGUUCCUCCUGUGCGGUACCGAGGCCCACACCUAUGGAGAGGUGGACGCCGUGGCCAACAGGGUGGCCAACUUCUUCCACAACCGAGGGUUCCAGAAAGGGGACACCGUCGCCCUGCUGAUCUACAACGAGCCCGCCUUCGUCUGGACGUUCCUGGGUCUGGCGAGAGUCGGAGUGAGGGUGGCGCUUCUCAACACCAACCUGAGGGAGCAGGCCCUGCUGCACUGCAUUGGGAUCGUGGGAGCGAAACACAUCAUUGUUGGACAAGGACAACCACUUCUUGACGCCACCUCGGAGGUCCUGUCGAAACUGCAGGCAGAGGGUGUGACCAUCUGGCUGCAGGGUUCAGCUCUACCCCCCGCCGGGAUGUGUGCCUGGGAUGGACCGGUCCAGCGAGAAUCCGUCCAACCCCUGCCGGUCCAGGUCUCCAUCACUCCUGGAGACACUCUCUGUUACAUCUACACGUCAGGAACCACUGGUCUCCCGAAGGCAGCGAUUAUGACCCACGGGAAGUUUGCUGCUUAUAGCAACAUGCUCGUAUUUUCUACGGGUGUCCAGUCAAAUGAUAUCUUCUACGUCCCCCUGCCUCUGUACCACACCAGUGGGCUCGGGAUAGGGCUGGGGACAGCCAUGACUAUAGGUGCAACAUUAGCGCUGAGAAGAAAAUUUUCUGCACGCCAUUUUUGGGAUGACUGCAGGCGUUACAACGCUACUUUGACCUUCUAUAUAGGAGAGCUGCUGCGUUACUUAUGCACUGCACCUGAGCGCCCGGAUGAUAAGGACCACAAACUCCGGCUGGUGUUGGGAGCCGGCCUCAGCCCAGACGUCUGGAGGCAGUUCCAGGAGCGUUUCGGGGUUCCGCAGAUCGUGGAAUACUAUGGUAUGACCGAGGGGACCCUGGGACUAAUCAACGUGCACAACAGGGUUGGCGCUGUGGGGGUGGCCUCACCUCGGUACAGGAAAUCUAAAUCUUUUAGUCUGAUCGAGUGCGACAUCGACACAGGGGAGCCUAUCAGAGGAAAGGAUGGAAAAUGUACAGAGGUCAAAAUAGGAAAGCCUGGCCUUCUUGUGAAUAAACUAUCUACAGAUGUUCCCUAUUCUGGAUACUUGGGGAAGCCAGAACUUACAGAGAAGAAGAUAUUGCGCAACGUUUUCCAGGAAGGGGAUGCUUACCUGAACACAGGAGACCUGAUGAGGAUUUACAAGGAGUACUUCAUCUACUUUGUGGAUCGGCUAGGCGACACAUUCAGAUGGAAGGGUGAGAAUGUAGCGACCACUGAAGUUGCCCAGGUUCUCAGUGAGAUGGAAGGGGUGCAGGAGGUCAACGUGUACGGGGUCAAGGUGCCAGGUCAUGAAGGCCGGGCAGGCAUGGCAUCUAUCGUCCCCAACCCCGGGCAGAAGCCGGACUUCCGGCGCUGGUACAGGUUCAUCACGACCAAGCUCCCGCCCUACGCACGGCCGCUCUUCCUCCGGCUCACACAGGAGAUCCAGGUCACGGGAACCUUCAGGCACAUGAAGACAACUCUUGUGAAGGAAGGUUUCGAUCCCAAGAAAGUCAAGGAUCCGCUGUUUGUGAUUGACAAUGGCAAGAAAUCCUACAUUCCUUUGGAUCUAACAGUCUAUAGUGGGAUUUUAAUUGAGCAGGCCCGUCUAUAGUUUGAUAUUUGUUAUGCAACGCAAUUCUAACCACUAAUGUUUAUGAUUUUAAAAUGCUUCUAGUUUGUAACGCUUUGCGUAGGACUUCAGCAUCUGAGCACACAGAUUUUUCAUGAUUCAUAUUGUUUUACAUCUACAUGUUUAUAAUCUUAAAACGCAUCUUAUUUGUAACAAUUCAUGUAGGACCCCAGUUCAGUACACAGAUAGUUCAUGAUUCAUAUUGUAGUAGAAAGAUUGUAUUACUACUUAAUAAUUACAUUUAGGGUGAGGCACUUCUGACCAGUUAUGUUUUUAUGCUUUUAAAAGUGAGAAUAAUCUCAACACUACGUGUAACGUUAUGACGUUAUCAUCUUAUUUAGAUUGUUCGAAGUAUCCAAUAUUGUAUUUAAUGUAACAGAAGAUAUAAAAAAAUGCUAGUACAUUUUAUGUAAAGGCAUCUAUGUUUAAGGUUUUCAAAAAUGGCAGCAACAAAUUUCUAACAUAAUAUUUAUAAGCUUAUUAUCUUUGACACAUGCUGUUGAUAGUUCAGACAUGUAAAUAAUUGAGAAUUAUCUAUCUUAUUUCAAUUAGGCAUAUGAUUUAGAUGUAUAACUUGUGUCAAUAUUUGAUGCUUGGUUGUGAUACAUAUGUACAAAAACGCAUUAUAUAAUGAUGGAUUAUAGCAGUGGCUUUGACAAAUCUAGAAAUUUUCAAUACCUA